GUCACUACAUUCUCAUACACUAUUAUCCCGCUUCUCCUAUACUUGCGCUACUGUUCCUAGCACUCAACGUUCUAUCUUAGUAAACAUUCACAAUAUCAAACGUAAGUGGCCAUCCUCCUAGACCUCUUCCAUCACGUCGCUGUAUAUCUGCAGCUCAUCCAACACCACCACAGAAUGGAAGUCGCACCCUUCAACCGCGUCCUCAACCACGUCGCCCUCCACGUCCCGGACAUCGACGCCGCAAUCGCCUUCUACACCAGCAUCCUCAGCUUCCGCAAACUCCAGAACCUGCCCCGCUGCACCGACCGCUCCACCGACCCCGACGCCCCCAUCUUCCGCAUCUACGACUCCCGCCUCCACAAAGUCAAGGUCGCGUUCCUGGCGACGGGGAAUAGCGUCGGAUUCGAGCUGUUCCAGUUCAUCGAUCCGCCGAUGAGCGUGCCGUCCUCGUUUGAUUACACGCGCGGCGGCGUGUUCCACUUCGCGGUCACGGAUCCGGAUCCCGAGGCGCUGUGUGCGAGGGUGGUUGCGGCGGGCGGGCGAAAGAUUGGGGAGACGGUGAGCCCGAAGUCGACGGAGGGGGAGGAGGUACGGACGGUGGCGCUGUAUGUGUUGGAUCCGUGGGGGAAUACGAUUGAGGCGUGUAGCUGUUCUUUUGAGAAGAUGGUGGCGAAUAGGGACUGAAAAGGCGCAGCAGCAAAAGCUGCUGGAAUUGGUGGGCUACUUGCAAUUGACGCCUUGUCUUUUUCCUGGCUUUCUCCUAGUUUUCCACCACGGGCGGAGUCCUUGC